CGCAGAUCGGUUACUCCCUCGCAGCUUCGGUCACUGGUCAGAUAUCAUUUCUGACGACGAACUACUGCCUUAGUGCUCUUUGGACGAAAUGUCGAAACCAGGCAGCCCGGCACCCGCAUCUAACACUCUGCUGCUCCGGCGUCAACUCACGGAGCUCACUAAGCAUCCGGUUGAGGGCUUCUCAGCAGGGCUCGUCGAUGAUGACAAUCUAUACGAAUGGGAGAUCUUGAUCAUCGGCCCUCCAGAUACCCUGUAUGAAGGUGGCUUCUUUAAGGCUCGGAUGACGUUCCCGCCAGACUUCCCCCUGAAUCCACCGAAGCUUCGGUUCAUCACCCCCAUGUGGCACCCAAACAUUUACCCCGACGGUAAUGUGUGCAUCUCCAUAUUACAUCCGCCUGGGGAAGACCAAUACGGCUACGAAGACUCGGGAGAGAGGUGGCUGCCGGUGCAUUCCGUGGAGUCGAUCCUCCUCAGUGUCAUUUCUCUCCUAUCCGCGGACAAGCCGAACCUCGACAGCCCUGCGAAUGUUGACGCCGCGGUAGAGGUUAGGACAAACUUUGAAGCCUACAAGAAGAAGGUUCGCCGUCUGGUCCGCCGGAGUGCGGAAGAGGCCUUCGAUUAGCGCACCCUAUCUUCAGUCGCGGAUUCCUCAGACUACCCCUCAUGACUUCACUGUUCAGGUUCACCCCGCCUUUUCUUCCGCUUUCGCAAAUGUAUAGCUUUCACAACACUUUGUAACUAUCCAUCCGCACUUCUGGUCGGCAUACACAUAAUCUAACCACUCGC